CUCACAAUUUAAAUCUUUAAAAUCUUUAAAUCUUACGAUUUUACAAUUAAGAUCUUUGAGUCAACUUUACUUAUUUUCCCCAAAAUUUGCAAAAUUACACCUUUUUCCUUCUUCUCCACUAACAGCAUCUACUUCUCUCACACUAACCACCAUACCUUCAUCAAUUCACAUCAACGUAUUAAUCAUCAUCGAUUCACCACUUUCCAAUGUUAACCUUGGUAAAUUGGAACAUGAACCUUGAGAAUUAUCAUUGUAAAUAUUAUGUGUUUAUAUUUUAUUCAUGAUUUUUCUUAUUAAUAUUAUUUUGUCUUCAUUUUUAUAUUGACCUUAAAAUCCUAUGAUUUUACAAUUCGAUUUUACGAUUCUGAUUUUAUCCUCAUUUUUCAUUUUAUGUAAAAUCCUCGUUACAAUGUAUUCUAUUAAGAGUGUCUGUGAGGAUUUGAGACCUAUUUGAAAUUUGAAAGGUUCAGGUUGGUAUGGAAAAAUGUUGCAACACCUAAAAACAAGUUCUCAUUGUGGGUGUUUGUGAAGGGACUGAUGUAGAGUAAUUAAGGUUUUGAAACACUGGAUCAUUGUUAGCUGAGUGUUCAAUCAGUAAUAAAAUAUUCAUGGGAUUAUUGGGACAAAGCACUAUGCACAUUCCAAGUAAUUAACGGGUUAAAGAAGUUGAUUUGACUAUUAGUACGCCUAAGAAUAAGCAUAUAUGGGAAGAACAUGUGACUUGGUAACUAUGAUAUUCAAUGGAAGAAAAUAUGUAAGAAAAUGCAGGGCUUGAAUGUAAUGUGAAUUGUGAGGUUAUUGAUUGAAGUUAUUAAAAAUGAAGUUACCAGCCUUACUUUUGUUGUUUGAGAUAAAAACUGAACUGCUUUGUACAAUGAAAGUUUCAGGUUCUUUGUAUGUCACAAACAAUUAUCUCUUUCAUGUCAUAUAUGAAAUUGCUUGUAAGCUUACAAAGGAAACUUUCUCAGAAAUUGAGAGCCGUAAAUCCAUGGCAAGAAGAAUGAAAGUUCAGCAUGAUAAGUAUUGGGGCACCUUUGAAAACAUCAACCCUUGUUGUUUAUUGUUGUGGUUCUUGACCCGAGGUACGGAUUGGAGUAUGUUUGUUUUGUGCUCCAUGAGGUUUUUAUGGGAUAGAAAAUGGAGGAAUUUGGACUCAUGAUGAGUUGGUUGAGAAGGUGAAAGUUUUUUUGGAGGAUAUGUUCAAGGACUAUUCGGAAAUGAGAGGGGUUACUUGUGGAAGCUCAUCAAGAAGUGUGGAGAGUAUAGCACCAAAUGAGAAUGAUGAAUCUGAAAGUGUGGAGGAUUAUUUGAAGAAAAAAUUCAAGAGAAAGAGAAUAGAAGAUAGGAUGGGAGAAACUGCACUUUCAGAGUUUGAGAGGUACUUAAAGGCGAAUGUUGAGGAUGAUGAGGACAAAACAUUUGACAUUUUAGCAUGGUAGAAGAAGCAUUCUAGUGAGUAUCCAAUACUGAGUUUGAUAGCUAGAGAUAUGCUGGCGAUUCCAGUAUCCACUGUUGCAUACUUGCAUUUGAGUCUGCUUUGAGUACCGGGAGUGCAUUUUAGAUGCAUUUGGAGCUCUUUGACUCCAUUGGUUGUUGAAUGUUUGAUUUGUGGUCAAGAUUGGCUUUGAUAUAGUACUCUUCCAAUUGAGAUGAAAGAAAAAUUUGAAGAAAUCGAAGAACUUGAACAAGGUAAUUUAUUUUUAACAUUCACUAUUUUUUUAGAUAAUUAUUAAUUUAUUUGUUGUGUUGUUAAUUUUGCAGAGUUGAAAGAGUAUUGCUUGGAUGAUGGUACUAUCAUGAAAGAUUUGGUUGACGAUGAUUGAAGAAUGAUGUAUUGUGUAAUCAUGAUAUCAUGUAAUUGAUGAUUAGCUAACAAUGAUGUAUUAUGUGAUCAUGAAGAUGAUGUACUUGGUGAUUAUCGAACAAUGAUGUAUUUGUAGUUGUAAUUUGGAUUUUAGAUGAAUUGUUGCCCAUCGGUAUCAUCAUUUGCCACAAUUGAUGCCUCGUCCACCAUGCAUCUUCCUUGUCUUUUCACCCUUUCAUCGAACACAUAUUAUAAGAGUUUGGUAAUUUAUUAAUUUUCUGGAGUUAAUUUGGUGAUUCAUUAAUUUUCUGGAAUUAUUUUUGGAGCGAAAACUGCAUUCAUUUAUUUAUUAAGAAGCAUAAAAGUUUCCAGAAUAAUCCUCUCUAAGGAGAGGUACAAGAAAAUAAGGUGGUCUAUCAAUCCACACCUCUUCACUAUCCUAGCUGCAGUCAACAUGGCCCACUAGAUGGGCCGAUUUAUUUCUGUUUCAGCCCGCAAAGCUCCACAGAAUGCGAUCCAUCGUCUGGGCUUUGGCCCUGAUUUCCGCACAAACGAGCCCAAUAUCCUUCUCCCUUUCUUCCUCCCGUCGCAGCUGCUGAAUCACACCCUGGCAAUCCGUUUCUAUCUCCAUUUCUCUAAUCUCAAACCUUCAUGCCAAUUCUAGGCCAAAAUCAAUGGCCAUCGCUUCUGCUUCCUCCGGGUUCCAUUGAAUAUGUGAUCUCCUUACCGCAACAAAUAUACAUCUUCCUUGACUAUCCCGAAUUACCACUCCCCAUCCCGUUCCCGACUCUGCUAUACAUGCAGCAUCAAUAUUGAUCUUCAUUGGAACCAACUCCAGUGGUUGCCAUCACUAUUCUUUCGUUCGCUCCGUCAAUUAGGGCUUCAAUUGCUUUUUCAGUUAAUCUUGUAACCAGUCCAUUGCUCUGGGGAAAUAUCCCUCAUUCCUCUAAUUUCUUCUUGUUCCAUAAUUGGCAGUUGCGCUGAUCCCAUAUAUACCAGAGUGCAACUAGGAACGAUCCAAGCAUUUCUUCAAAUUCUAUCUCUUGGAGCUCGCAGUACCACUCCUCCGAGGUAAGAUCCUCUCCUUUGUCAAUGUAUGAACACAUAGGAUAGGGUUAGACCGCCAAACUCUUUGAACCCAGCCACAAUCUUGAAAUAUAUGUUCUUGCAUAUCCCUUUGAUCACAAAAAGGGCAUCCUUCACUUCCCUUUUGUGUCCGAUCUAGGAUCCGAACUUCUGUAGGAAUUAUGUUGCGCAACCAUCUCCAUGAAAAUAAAAUCACCUUUGGAGGGAUCCUUAGGUUCUAAAGUUUAUUCAAUCCAUUGGUGAAUAGAACUCACACUCCUCUUCCACGUUCUUGUCUUCCCAAAGCCUAUAAGAAAACUUUACAGUGUAC